AGGAUGAGAUCAUAGUUUCAGGAUCCUCAGGAAACCCUGGUACUGGCAGCAGCCAGCCUCUGCUGUGCCCACAUGACCCACAACUCUGGCAGCGGACCCGGCACUUCCAACAUUAUUAAAUAAUAAGAAAGCGGCUCCUACUCCAUGCCCAAGCCUCCCCACAGACCAAUGGACACCUUCUAAGAGUUUGGCGAGUCGGUGACUGGGGCGCCUGUCCGUUCCAAGAUAAAUAGGAUUUACCAGUCCCUGGAUGAAGUGCUUGGGAAGUCUUUAAAUGCCACAGUCAACCACCGUGUCAAAGAAAAGAAAAUAGAUGGUUUUGGAAAGUUCAUGCUGUUUCUGCACUGAAUUUUAGAAUGAUUGAAGAUAGUGGGAAAAGAGGAAAUACCAUGGCAGAAAGAAGACAGCUGUUUGCAGAGAUGAGGGCUCAAGAUCUGGAUCGCAUCCGACUCUCCACCUACAGAACAGCCUGCAAGCUUAGGUUUGUCCAGAAGAAGUGCAACCUGCACCUGGUGGACAUUUGGAAUGUCAUAGAAGCCUUGCGGGAGAACGCCCUGAACAACCUGGACCCCAACAUAGAGCUCAACGUGGCCCGCUUGGAGGCCGUGCUCUCCACCAUGUUUUACCAGCUCAACAAACGGAUGCCCACCACGCACCAAAUCCAGGUGGAGCAGUCCAUCAGCCUCCUCCUCAACUUCCUGCUUGCAGCCUUCGAUCCGGAAGGCCAUGGCAAAAUUUCCGUAUUUGCUGUCAAAAUGGCUCUCGCCACCUUGUGUGGAGGGAAGAUCAUGGACAAAUUAAGAUAUAUUUUCUCAAUGAUUUCCGACUCCAGUGGGGUGAUGGUUUAUGGACGGUACGACCAGUUCCUUCGGGAGGUUCUCAAACUACCCACGGCAGUUUUUGAAGGUCCUUCAUUUGGUUACACAGAACAGUCGGCUAGGUCCUGUUUCUCCCAGCAGAAAAAAGUCACGCUGAAUGGUUUCUUGGACACACUCAUGUCGGAUCCCCCGCCACAGUGCCUGGUCUGGCUGCCUCUUCUCCACAGACUGGCAAAUGUAGAAAAUGUCUUCCAUCCGGUUGAGUGUUCCUACUGCCACAGCGAGAGCAUGAUGGGGUUUCGCUACCGAUGCCAACAGUGUCACAAUUACCAGCUCUGUCAGGACUGCUUCUGGAGGGGACAUGCCGGCGGUUCCCAUAGCAACCAGCACCAAAUGAAAGAGUACACGUCGUGGAAAUCGCCUGCUAAGAAGCUGACUAAUGCAUUAAGCAAGUCCCUGAGCUGUGCUUCCAGCCGCGAGCCUUUGCACCCCAUGUUCCCGGAUCAGCCUGAGAAGCCGCUCAACUUGGCUCACAUCGUUGAUACUUGGCCUCCCAGACCUGUCACCAGCAUGAACGAUACCCUGUUCUCCCACUCUGUUCCCUCCUCAGGAAGCCCUUUUAUUACCAGGAGCAUGCUGGAGAGCUCGAACCGGCUUGACGAAGAACACAGGCUGAUCGCCAGGUACGCAGCAAGGCUGGCAGCAGAGUCCUCCUCGUCUCAGCCACCUCAGCAGAGAAGUGCUCCUGACAUCUCCUUCACUAUUGACGCAAAUAAGCAACAAAGGCAGCUGAUUGCAGAACUAGAAAACAAGAACAGAGAAAUCUUACAGGAGAUCCAGAGACUUCGGCUAGAGCACGAACAAGCUUCUCAGCCCACGCCUGAGAAGGCGCAGCAAAACCCCACCCUGCUGGCGGAGCUCCGGCUCCUCAGACAGCGCAAGGACGAGCUGGAGCAAAGAAUGUCUGCUCUCCAGGAGAGCCGGAGAGAGCUGAUGGUGCAGCUUGAAGGUCUCAUGAAGCUACUAAAGGAAGAAGAACUGAAGCAGGGAGUAAGUUAUGUCCCCUACUGCAGGUCUUAACUAACAGUGGAGGGGCCUGCCGACCUGCUGUUUUCUCAUUGCUUUUGCCUCUAAUGUAUGUUCAUGCUUCAGUUUGGAAAGAGAAAAAACAAUUAUACUAAUUUGCUUCCUUUUCAACAUAGUGCUUGAAUUAAGAGAUAUAUAAUUGAGCAUUUUUUAUAACUAUCACUACUAUCGACACCAAAAGAAGAGCUAUUACAUCUUUUAGAAGAGGGAACAAAUCGUCACUUGUUGGAAACUUUUCAGAUCCCCAGGAAGAAAAGUUUCAUCCCAGUCUUGUGCUUGUCAGGGUUGUUGAUCAGAUCCUUGUCUUAAUAGAAAGAUAACUACCGCAGACGCUAGAGCUACCCUAAGGUGUGUCUCAGCUCAAAACCCACAGCAUUCAAAAGCUAACCUCUGUAUCAUCUCAUGCUGUGACUAUUCAGUUCACUUUUCCAUUUUACUGAAAUGGUGUAAAACCCCUUUUGAUGAAAAUCAGGCAAUGAAAUUUCUUUUCCUCACAUAAUUAAGCCCUGUUCCCCACUGCUCACCAAAAUGUGCUCAAUUUUGUGAGAGAAAGACGGUACUCAGUAACUGUUCACUUCCCAUCUUUUUGCUUUUUCUCUAAAGCUGAAUUUAUACUGUUGGUUGACAAUAACCUCUAAAGAAUAGGUAAUUUUCAGCCUUUUUCUUAUCACCAAGAACCCUUCUGCUCUGAGAGUUCAGAAGGUCAUGACAUAGAUUUUUUUUUUUUUCUUUUUCUGGAGAUAGGGGCAUUGCGACAUUCACCAUAGUCUAAACUGGAGCUGUGUCUGAACCUGUGGUCAGGUUCAGAGCCAGCAGAGGGAGCAGCAUACUGGAAAAAAAUUAAAUUAAAAACAAAAAGCAGCUUUAAUUUCAAGUGCAUGUACCAAGCUGUGUAUGACAAUAUAUCCCAUUCACUGGCAUUAUUACAAAGUUUUACAUUAUUUCCAUGGAACCAUUAGAACCCAGCCUGUCCAAUUUCAACGUAUCUUUUAAUUCUUCUGUAUGCUCUUUGCUAUUAUUCAUUGUGUGUGUUUGUGUGUAACAAAGAAUGUUUGCAAACUGCUGGACACAUUUUUACCCUUCAUUCCCAUGGUCUGUAAAAAAAAGGAAAGUGUAAAAUCAAUCUGUAAUGUCAGACAAUAAAGACAAUGUAUUACAUUAUUUUGUAUUUCGUGAAAGACAUUACUUUACUAUGGUUAAAUGUUAACAAGAGACAGUCCCUCUGCAUGAAGGACACGCCACAUUUACAGCCUGUAUAAUUGCCCAUCAAUGCGUACAUGGGCCACUGCUAUUGUACUGCCAAUACACUUAGAUCAUGGUAGAGAAAAAUGCCUUUCUCGGGGUACUUCUCUUUGCAAACGGCCUCUUUUCUCCCCCUGUUACUUAGCAUGUACAUUUAAAAAAGGAAAUGAGACUCAAAUAUAACCUUUCUUCUCCUGGCGGAGAGAGAGACAGUGGUCCUGUGGCGCAUCAGCCUUGCUUUAGCCACUUCCUCUGGACAUCCCCUCCCUACCAUUUCCUGGGCAGCGUGUUUCUGAAAAGUUUCCCGCAGCCCAGGAAGUUCAUCACAGGUGGGUGCACAGGGCCGAGCUACGGCAGUGCCUGUAACGCUGCACCCUGCCUCCCCCCUUCCCGCUCCUCCCCCCGGAGUCCCUCAGCAGCUUCUGCAUCUUGGGUGUUGGCCAGCCGGGCUCAUCAGCGUAGGCACCUGAGGGCGUUGGUCCCCACCAUCCAGAUUUGUCUGCUAGGCACUAUCUGGGCAAUGGGGAGAAUUUGCCCAAUUACUUCUUUAUCUGCUUUUAUGCUCAGGCCUCUUUUCACAAAGGACCUGAGGCAGCUUCCAACAAAAGGUAUAAAAAGCAACUUCGUAACAUUGAAAUCGAACAAGAGAAAACUAAAGAAAAAUACGAAUCUGCUCAUCAUAAAGGGCAGGGGUGUUGCUGCGAGCUUUCUGCCAAGGUAGCAAUAAAGGCAAACAUCACCAGUUAUUUAAUCAGGACGGAAAGACCGCUUCUCGGGGGAACAGAAUUUCUGUGGGUGUAAAAUGUUAACAGAAACUUUUCACUCGUAGCUUUAGAGAAGAAAUACUGAAUAAUAAAAUGAGGAAAGGCAGUCAUAGAUUUCAUGUGGCUGCUUCUUCUACUGACCUUCCAUCAACAUGAGAGGCAGAACCCCCUAAAUCUUAACCCUAUAGAGGCAGUUCUACAAGGACGUAAACAGAUGCCUGUGCAAAUAUAUAGGCUGCUUGUGGUCUGACAUGAUCUAAGGGGAGAAUUUAGAGGUUUUAGACUGGCAUACGCUUCUAAAUUCUGUUUUUAUUUAUGAGCCUUUUCCCUGUGGGGACCUUCUUUUUGUAAAACCAAACUUAAAACACCCCCCACGCAACCAAUUGUGCUUGAUUUAGUGAUUUCUACUUGCUUUAUCAUAAAUCUGUGCGGUUCAAUGUAGUAUUUUAUUAUCCUGGUAUAUACAAUCCCUACUCAGCAUUGUUUCUUGUUAGAGGUAAUGCAUGAAUUUAUUCCCUUUGAGGAGAGAACAUGAAUUUUAAAAAAGUAGUGCCUGUAAUAUAGUAUGAUUAUGGUAUCACAAGCAAUAAAUUUUUUUUACAAAACUUGAA